AUGGGGCGAGUGAGUUUAUGCUGCGAUAGUGGAGGUGGAGAUGUAGUGCAGUGCAGUGCAGUGCAGUGCAUUUGUACUGAGUGUUUGUUGAAAAGGGGAAACGAUUUGUUUCGAUGGACAAGCAGGACUCGGAGCUGCCACCGCAGGACUAUAGAGAGUACGCCAAUAGCGACUACUGGGAGGAGCGCUACAAGAAGAGCGCGAAUGACUCGUUUGAGUGGUACUACGGAUAUGACACGCUGA